AUGUUCGAGUAUGAUCGUCUUGCACUUGAUGUUGCUGAACAAGUGGCACGCAUCCGUUCAUCUCUGAAUCAGACCUCACCGCGCCAAAUACAUCACAUUGAGAGUGUGAAUGGGAUGUCGGCGUCGUGUGACGGUUUCGAUUGCGGUUCGAGUUCAGGAUACUGCAGUCCUGGAUCGAUCGUGAACACACCGCUGUCGAGUCCUUUGCCCAACAAUGUGUUGUUGCUGCAGACUCAGUCAGCACGACGAUCACUGAACUCGGAGAACGAUGAGAACAGCACACCGUCACAACAAGCUGCAGUUGCGCAUGAAGAUGGAUUCUCAAACGACGAGAUUGCACAGUUCACUCAAUUGCUGUGCUCACCCAAGAAGGCACCUCCGUCCAAAUAUCAGUGCCAUAUUUGUUAUCGAACUGGGCAUUACAUUUCUGAUUGUCCAAUGCGUUUCAAUAGUCCAUAUGAAGAGUUAACGCCCUAUCAAGGACGCAAGAAGUGUUACGGUGAAUUUCAAUGUCAGCAAUGCAAACGAAAGUGGACAAGUCAAAAUUCGGUGGCAAACGAGGCUCAGAGUUGUAUCAAGUGUCAUAUCGCUGUUUUUCCACACAAACAGUUACCAGUCGAUAAAGCUAUUGCAAUGGGUCUCAUCAAAGCACAACGUGUUGUGCCCUCUAAAUUGGCACCUAUUGGGCACGGUCGUCCACCGUUCAAUUCCACUUCAAAUCAGCAGUCUUAA